UGCAGAUCAGUGUUGUGAAAAUGAUCAACUCGAAGGCUUUAAGACAGGGCCCGUAAAACACAAGUCUCUAGAGGAGACGGUUACAGAGAUUCGGGGUAAGCUGAAAAAUAAAAAAUGGACACUGUCUAUAAGGCGCACCAAAAUCAUAGAAACAACAAUGGAAAUGAUGGCAGAUGCAGAUGAACAGGAUUUGGCGUCAGAGCUUAUGUUCAUAGGGGAAGAAGGGUGGAUGCUGGUGGUCUUCGAAGAGAGCUCUUUAGUCUUGUGUUUGAAAAAACUCCUCUCUUAGACAGAAAUACAUUUUCCAAUGAAGCAUGUUCACUUCAACAUGGAGAAUAUAUUAUUCUUGGAAAGCUUGUGUCUUUAACAUUUAUCUAUGGGCACCCUGGAUUAAAGACAUUGCAUCAAACUAUCAUAAAAUACAUAUUGAAUGAAAAAACGCCAACUACAGAAAUCCCUUUAGCAGAUGUUCAGAAUGCCACUGUACUGAGGGCUAUAGAUACAAACUAAGCUGCAACUGAUGAUUUGUUGGAACUGCACUUUAUAAAGCAACACUGUUUAUCACCUGGUCAAUGUUAUGGUACACAAAAUCCAGAAAGCAUCAUCUAAGGAGGAGUAUAUGGAGGCAGCCAUAGAAACAAGUGAUUUGUUAGAAAGAUCAGGCUUCAACAAACCUCAUACACAAGAUUCCUCUCAAUCAGCAGUCUACACAGUUAAAGAGUACCACAUUUUCUACAGGUGCUUUGGCCAUAUUAGACAGUUCAUGGAUGGGCUGAAACUGCAUGGAGUUCUGGAUAUAAUGAUACUUCAUCACCAGGAGGCAACACAGUUUCUGGGCGAAGCUACAGCUUUAACUGCAGAAGUGGUGAAUAACUUUUACAGUUUCAGCUUUUCUGACAAAGGGGAUCCAAACUGGGAAACGGAAGAGGCAAUUGAAUACAACUUUCGCUGUUUCAUAUGUCAAGUUAAGAAAGGCCGGAUCAGCUCAACUGUAAUAAACAUUUCCACAGAAACUGCUGAGGAAGACAGCAUUCAAGUUACCCUUGAGCUGGUGUUGCAAGCCUUUGUUGGUUGUCAAGGAUUACCAAAAGACAUUCCAUCUGGACUAAUAGAGUUCAAUCAUAACAGUUCAGCUUUGAGCCAUGUCAACACUUGUGCCCCUAGUAUAACAUUUCAAAAUACAUCAAAACUCCUAAAAUUUGAAGAUUUUGAGCGGACAAUGCUGGAUAUCAUUUUUGGAUGUGAAGGCUUUGGCCAAAAGUAGUGAUCAACUAUUAAAGUUAAUUGUUACUGAACCAGAAGUAUUUUUAUGUUAUCGAAGUAAGAGCAUUUAGUCUC